AUGGCAGGCUACUUGGAUAGAACUAUCACUCGACGGACCCUUGUCUUGUUGGCGCCAGAAUAUUAUCGUCGGCUAAAGCCCAAACCGUCAUUUGUUGCGAUGCCACCAGCAUUUAGCGACGACGAGGGCUCGGACGUCGGUGUCGAUCAAUCCCUAGCCAAGAAGUCCUCACGGGCGAGGAAUCCCGCGAAAUACGAGGACGAAGUCCCGGAAGACGACGAUGCCGCAUCAAUGGACGAGAAAAAUGGGGCUCCGGAAGGCGAUGAUGAGGAAGGCGACGACGAUGACGAAGAACUUGACGAAGAAGUCUACGUGGUAGAAAACAUCAUGUCGCAUAUGAUCGAUAAGAGUAUUGGCGGCCGGGACAAGCUGUAUGAGGAUAGUGCCAACGCAUUAAAGACAAAAAAGCGAGGUCGGCCAUCUUCCUCUACACCGCAAGCGAGCGGGAAGCGGUCAAGGCGAACCAGAGACCACCCGGCCGACGGCGAACCGCCGCUCAGCGCGAAGGCGGCCCACAUGGAAACCACCAGCAGGGAGCUGGGAAGAACACAUCGAUCAUCUUGA